GAGCUGGAAACCCGGGCAGGUUAGCUUCAUCCCACGCUUCCAGAACACGAUGGAGAACCACUCAAACAGUUACAGCAGCAUGGAAAUGGAUGAAGAACACAGGGGAUCACCUAAAGCUUCUGUCUGCAGCAAACGGAGUGUCAUCCUGUUGGUGUCCGGCGCUCUGGUCAUCUUUGUCCUGUUCGUUAUGAUUUUUGUCAUAUUUGGCUACCAGGAGAGGAGGUUUGCGGAGUUGGAGCGCUCCAUGACGACCCACCAUUCUUCAGUUAACUCCAUGAAUUCCGAUCUGAAGGGCAAACUGACAGACACAGGUGCUGAAUUGGAAACAAUGAUCUUACAGCUGAAGACGUCCGUGUCCGGUCUCAGCUCCUAUGUGGACCUGUACACUUCCAGGAUUCAAGACCAACUCAAGACUGGACCCCAAGUGAAGAAGUUAUCAGAAAUUCAGAUCUUAAUAAUCAAGCUGAACUCUUCCCUCGCUUCCCUUUCCUCAAAAAUGGAGACCAAACUGCAGGACGCAGGCACUCAACAGGACGGCCAGAGCUCAGAGCUGAAAAGAUUCCUGGACCGCUUAAAUUCUUCUAUAUCAGAACUGACAGCCAAACUACAGGAUACCGAUCAGAAAGUUAUGGCUGGUCUCAGUGAAAUGAAAGAUAAACUGAAGAUCAGCAGCAAAACAGCAGUUUUUGCCCAAGAGUCUCAGAACAGGACGUUGGCUGAGGUGGUGAAACUGUCUUCUUCUGUAGAGUCUCUGUCCUCUAAGCUGCAGAGCACAGUUCAGAGAGUGAUGGACGCUCUUAGUGAAAUGAAGGCUAAACCGGAGAGCAGCACCAAACCAGCAGUGACUAGCUGUAAGCCUGGAUGGACGCUGCGUCUCUCCAGAUGUUACUGGUUCUCCAAUGACACUCGGAACUGGCACCAGGCGAGAGAGUACUGCUUGACGCAGAAUGCCUCACUACUCAAAGUGGAAAGUGAGGAUGAGUGGGCAUUUGUAACUGCUAACUUGAAUGAAUACUGGGUUGGUCUCACCGAUGAAAUCACAGGGCAGUGGAGAUGGGCUGAUGAAACACCUUACGUGAUGGAUAGAAAGAAGUGGGGACCUGGACAGCCUGAUAACUGGACCGGUGAUGGAGAGGAUGGAGAAAACUGUGCGCAUAUAAGACGUAGGAAGCUGAAUGACUUGCACUGCAAAAUUAGAAUGAACUACAUCUGCAAGGCGUAGAUCGCUCUGCACGGAGGAGACGUAUAGACAUGUCGGCUGUUCACGGACAAAAAGCUUCAUACAUCUGAAUGAUUCAGGACUUUGGAGACCAGACCUGUAAACAAACCUGCGGUUUCAUUGUGUAACCUGUAGAUUUCAGUUUAUUCUUCUUUUUAAUAGCGGUUAAGGCAUUCGUUUGAUUUUGGACCUUGUGAGGUGGAGAACCUGCAGUGAAGUGUGUUUCACGGCACAGAGGCCUUUGUGCCAACGGCUGCGACGUAUUAAUGUAGUAUGUAAAAUAUAGAAGUGUGCAGUUUGGGACGCAGCCCAUGUUCUUUAUCCUCUAAUUCUGGUUCAAACUGUAACUCAUUAUUUUAACCUAAUGUUUUUUUUUUGUACUGACUAAUGGCUGAAGAUGAUACACCACUGAUUUCACUCUUUACUCAACACUCUUCUGUUUUUGGCCUCAUGGGUGGCCAAAAAAACCAUGAAUGUGCCUCCUGGAUGCACUACAUACUGUAUAUGUAUAUGUGUGUAUGUAUAUAUUUAUACAGUACUGUGUGAACGUU